UGUACGAAACACAAUUUCUCCUGGUGUGCACAUCUUGACACCCAUCGGCUGGUCUCUCGCGUCGCACUUUGAACACGCCGUCUCCCUCCGGCGGUGAGUCUGAUCACAGUGGCCGGUCCAGUCCACCCUUCUGCUCUCCGAUCGGUGUACCCCUCCCCUCCUUUACUCUCCAUCCGUGCUCUCUCUCCCCCUCUCUGCCCGGUACAUACAUCAGUAUGUCUUUAGCACUGGUAGCGCUAUACACCCCCUGAACGGAGACGGAGCUCGUUUAGUAUUCCGCGCACAAGGCGGCGAGAGAGAGAACGCGCGCGAGAGAGAGGGAGGGGAGAAGGAGUGGAAUAAGGAGAAAAAAACGAGGGUGAGAAGACAAGAAAAAACACAGCGAGAGAGAAGAGGAAAGAGGAAGAGGGGAGCGGAGAGAUACCUUAUUGUUCAUUUCUCCCUCUCAGUCUACGCCUCCGUGCCAUCAUCCUCAUUCCAGGCAACUAGCUGGAGUCACCUCGAGAUUCUCCUCAAAUGGAACAACGGCCCUCCGUCAACAUUAAAGCUUGACUCGCACGACUGGAAAACCACUGCGUCUCCCGGAGGUCCCACUGGAACUACGUGACCCAGAAUUCCACUCUCUUUGCUAAUGCUGUUCUGUGAAGAAGACUUCAUAAUAGGCCACCCCCAGACCAUCUCCUCUAUUAGUGUUUGGAGACUGUGAGAUUGUGGGAGGCCAAAGUAAAUAUAGUGCCACCUUGGACUGGCAGACGGAUAUGCCAGACAUUCUGGAGGGAUCUGGCACUAUCAUCCAUCAUGAGAAGGACUCUUCAGCUGACCUGUAGCCAUACUUAUUUAAAAACCUUUCCCCAGAAACCAAUGACUAUAUUGUAAGGGGUAAGUGUGGCCUACCAAUUAAUGGGCGCAUCAGUCACAGAUGGCUUCUGUUUAACCUAGGCCCAGACAUCUGUGCCUGACAGAACCCUCCAUACUCCAAUCCUGAUCGGCUUUGCCUCACAGCUCCCCUUCACUGAUUGGUCCCACCAAAAAGAAAGUGGCCAGACCCUUCCCACUCAGGCACCGUCUGAUUGGUGUUGGGGGGUAGUAGGGGGCCUGCGCUGCGCCGAGCUGAGGAAUCGGAUUGGCCGUCUCUGUUUGCGGGUGGGCUGGGGAGUGAGAUGCGGAUUGGAGGAUGUCGGGGGACUGGGAUGAAGACAUGUGCAGGAAGGUGCUGGUGUUGGUGGAGGAGCUGUGCUUCAAGUCCCCCGAGGGGCACAGCCAGAGCGAACCCUGCCAGGAGUUCUACUACAUCAUGAGGGGCGGCAACCGGCACCAGGACUCAGCUUACAGCACGGAGCAGCUGGUGGUGAAAAUCCUGAAAGCUCUGGACCUGCCGGCAAAGGACGCCAACGGCUUCUCCGACCCCUACGUGAAGAUUUACCUGCUGCCAGACAGGAAGAAGAAAUUCCAGACCAAGGUCCACAGAAAGACCCUGAAUCCGAUCUUUAACGAGACAUUCCAGUUCGGGGUGCCGCUGGCCGAGCUGCACGCCAGGAAGCUGCACUUCUCCGUCUAUGACUUUGACCGCUUCUCCCGCCAUGACCUCAUCGGCCAGGUCGUCGUGGACAACCUGCUGGACUUUAGUGAGGGCAGCGGGGACAAGCCCAUCUGGAGGGAUAUUGUGGAGGGGACGGCGGAGAAAGCGGACCUGGGCGAGCUGAACUUCUCACUGUGCUACCUGCCGACUGCCGGCAGGCUCACUGCCACCAUCAUCAAAGCCACCAACCUCAAAGCCAUGGACCUCACUGGCUUCUCGGACCCUUAUGUGAAGGCCUCGCUGAUUUGUGAUGGGCGCAGGCUGAAAAAGAGGAAGACCUCCAUUAAAAAGAACACACUGAAUCCGACCUACAAUGAAGCACUGGUCUUUGACAUUCCAAAUGAAAACAUAGAGAAUGUUAGUGUGAUCAUCGCAGUUAUGGAUUAUGACUGUAUUGGGCAUAAUGAGGUCAUCGGGAUGUGUCGCGUGGGUAGCGACGCAGAAGGACCUGGAAGAGAGCACUGGACGGCCAUGUUGGCGAACCCCCGCAAGCCCAUUGAGCACUGGCACCAGUUGGUUGAGGAGAAGGCCAUGACCACAUUUGUGUCAAAGAGUGCCGCAGCUUCCCCUAAGCCUCACAUUGUGGUGGAUAGCCCUCACUCUGAAUAGUCCUGUCAGCAUUAUCUCUCAAGAUUCCAGACUUUCAUUCUUUCUCUCAUCAUCUGUGAAUAGUUCUCUCCAUCAAAGAAAGAAA